GGACGGGGCCAUCACGACGUCGCCUGCAAAACUACACAGAAAGUAUUACUCUUCCAGCCUGGAUUGGACGAACACGCUCGCACACGGGCGGACGCCGAGCUCUCCGCUGCUCGCCUGCCUCCGUGCUCGCAGUCUCAGAGAGGGACAAACGCAGCGAGCUACAGCAGUGGCCGCAGCAAGAUAGAUAGUGGUGGUAGAGAGAGAGAGAGAGGGGGGGGGGGGGGGUUGCUUUUCUUUGGUUGAGAGGCCACAAACUCCACCACGGCCCAAUCGCCGAAGGGGCUCUGAUUUCUUUAAGCGCUCCCGCGGUGGCGGCCGAAUCACCUCUGGCCAGUUUGGCAUCUGCCGGAAUUCGGUGUCACCACCGCCCGCUGCAUAAAUACCCCCCUCCCCCCUCUCCCCUUCGGCCUCCCAAGGACUCGCAUUCCGUUUGCUCCGACAGGAAAGGCGAAAUCUUGGUCGGUCUGUUGAUCCGCAGGUGGUUUCUUGGCUGGUUAGUGCAGUGGAGAUGAUGAUGGAGUCGUGGAUGGAGGUGCUGCCGUCGGCGCCGUACUUCGCGGGGCAGGCGGACGGGUGGUUCUUACAGGACCAGCGGGCCGGCCCUGGCGGCGGUGCCGGCGGGGCGUGGACGCUGGAGGAGAACAAGAUGUUCGAGAGGGCGCUGGCGCGGGUCGACUGGGACGCGCCGGACCGGUGGGAGCAGGUGACCGUGAUGCUUCCUGGCAAGACGGUGGCCGACGUGGUGGCCCACUACGACGACCUCGAGAACGACGUCUGCUUUAUUGAGGCGGGCCUCGUGCCCUUCCCCCACUACGGCGGCGGCGGUGGCUCGCAGUCCGCCGGGUUCGCCUUCGAUUGGGACGGCGGCGACGACGCUGGCGGCCUGGGCUUCAAGCGCUCCUGCUACGUGGUCGGAGGCAAGCGCGGGCGUGGUCCGGACCAGGAACGCAAGAAGGGCGUGCCCUGGACGGAGGAGGAGCACAAGCUGUUCUUGAUGGGGCUCAAGAAGUACGGGCGAGGGGACUGGAGGAACAUCUCGCGCAACUUCGUGACGAGCCGGACGCCGACGCAGGUCGCCAGCCACGCGCAGAAGUACUUCAUCCGCCUCAACUCCGGCGGCAAGGACAAGCGCCGCUCCAGCAUCCACGACAUCACCACCGUCAACCUCCCCGACGACGACAACGGCAACCCCUCGCUCUCGCCGCCCUCGGUGCUCACCACGAGCUCCACACCCUCGUCCACCUCUGGGACCAUCAUGCCCGAGCAGUUCGGCGUCCUCGUCGACAGCAAGCCCCCGCCGCCGCACCACUUCAUGCCUCACCCCUACGGCAACGUGAAACUCGAGCCCAACAAUUCCCAUCACGGCGAUUUCCUGGACGACUCUGUUCUGAUGCAGAUGCCAUGCAGCCAGCUGCAGCCUCUCGGUUGACCAUGGUUCUCGGAGCAGCAACAUAGCCUGUGGCAGAAGAAAAGAAGAAAAAAAUGCUCUCAUCUUUGGCCAUGUGCGAGGAGGGAAUCGCCUCAGUUGCACGUGUCUGCUCUUGAUUCCAAACAAGCAAGCAGCAUUUGGGUACAACACAUUUGGUUCUUGUUACAUAUGGAUCAUGCAACCACGAGCACUGCCCGAGUUCAAGUGUUCUGCUACAACUGAGCUGGAGCUUCCUGCCGUGCGUUCCAGAGAUGAGAGGAGCAGAACAACUACAUAGGAGGAGAUGGACGUUGCAUUUCCGCGUUUCGCCUCUGUGUACAUAAGCCACGCCGGCCGUGAAAUAAUUUCCUAUUGCAAUUAGUUUCUGUGUUAUGGUAGGCACAGGAGAGUGUACUAGAUGAUGCUGUGAUUACGCUAGCUUUUCUUUGUAUUGAUGUAUUGGUCAGUUAAUGUCAUGUAUUUGGAAUUGGAUAGCACGUAGCACCCUACUGUUUGGACGUUUGGUGUUUUUGCAAGGGUUUUUUAUCUUCAGCUCGGUGUAUUAGCAUUGGUCACCCUCUCAUUAACCCCUGCUUUGUUAAUCAUGAUGGUGAUGAAAUGGUUG